GCGUGCUGUCUGCUGAAAUAAGGAAGAGAACGAGGCAACUGAGCAGUGGAGGGAGAGAGAGAACCGUCUUCUUUGCACAGCUUUUCUCCAAAUUCUUAGGAAUUUCAGUAUUCAUUUUCAAUAGACAACUGGAACCACCGUCCAUACAUUUAGCUUAAAAGGAAAAUCCUACUUGUAUUCACCUUGUUGGAACUGCCUUUCGAACCUAUAGCAUUUAUUUUAGCCGCUAGCUAGAUAACGACGUUGUCUGUCCAUCGACACAUCGAGGUGAAAACUUUGGUUUACAGUUUUUAGGCUAGUCUAAUUGAUUAAUUCGGUAUAGUUAUCAAUCGAACUACGUGAGAGUUAAGCUUUUAUGCACAUUACAUUUGUCUGUCGGUAAGAAUUCAUUUAGACUAUAAGCUGACUUCCUACAGUGUUGAGUAACGUUAGAUUUGAAAGAAACAAAGCUCUGUUCUAAUUUCCAGUUUGGACUCGUUGGCGGGGCGUUGGUUUGUCUGUUCGUGAAAACAUCGCAUCGGGAACGACGUUUGCCAGCUUGCAACUAAUCCAACUGGGACGACUAACGUUAGCAUCCUGCACGAGUUAGUUAAUAGAAACGCGUUUUCAAUCGUUGCAAGUUAGCUAGCAAACCAAAUCAACGUCAGAAAAUGGCCAAUAGCAUCGAGGCAGUGAAGCGAAAAAUUAAAGUUUUGCAGCAACAGGCGGAUGAAGCCGAGGAAAGAGCUGAGACUUUGCAAAGACAGGUUGAAGAGGAGAAGCGGUCAAGGGAACAGGCUGAGGCUGAGGUGGCCUCUCUGAACAGGCGUAUCCAGCUGGUUGAGGAGGAGUUGGACAGGGCCCAGGAGAGACUGGCCACCGCUCUGCAGAAACUGGAGGAGGCAGAGAAAGCUGCAGAUGAGAGCGAGAGGGGUAUGAAGGUGAUUGAGAAUAGGGCUUCCAAGGAUGAGGAGAAGAUGGAGAUGCAGGAGAUCCAGCUGAAGGAGGCCAAGCACAUCGCUGAGGAGGCCGACCGCAAGUAUGAGGAGGUGGCUCGUAAGCUGGUGAUCAUUGAGGGUGAUCUGGAGCGUACAGAGGAGAGGGCGGAGCUGGCCGAGGGCAAAUGUGCCGAGUUGGAGGAGGAGCUGAAAAAUGUCAGCAAUAACUUAAAGUCCCUGGAAGCCCAAGCUGAGAAGUACUCCCAGAAAGAGGACAAGUACGAGGAAGAGAUCAAGAUCCUGACCGACAAACUCAAAGAGGCUGAAACCCGUGCUGAGUUUGCUGAGAGAUCAGUGGCCAAACUGGAAAAGACCAUUGAUGACCUUGAAGAUGCGCUAGCCAACGCCAAGGAGGAGAAUGUCAACAUUCACGCCACCCUGGACAAGACCCUGGAGGAUCUUAACAGCUUCUGAGCGGCUACUGGACCUGCGGCAUGGCCCCUCCACCACCACCUCUUACUGCUCCACCCCCUCACCUCUGGCCCUGUCUCUGUCUGUGCUGGCUGACUGUUUAGCAGGGGGUGGGGGGGUUGUUAAUUGUUUUUGGUCACGUUAGCACUUUCUUCAGUCCACACCUAGCCAAACGUUUCUCCCCAGUAGACCAAAUGGCUGACCGCCUCUCCCACAUUCCACCCCAGUAUCUGCGGAUGCUCUCCUGAUGAGCAUCUCUUUUUCUUUUUUUUUUUUAGCUUCUUCAUAGCAUUCUUUUUAGUCUUAAAAGGGCAACAUUAACAUUUACUCAAGCACCCACAUCUUAAGUGUUUCACAGGUUUCUAAUAUUCACAUUCCAGCUUAGGUGUGUGAUUUGUGUUUUUGAGGCCAUUCCUAUGAUCUUUCUUUGGAUGUUAGUUGUAAGCGUUUAAAUACAUUGAGGUGCUUCUCUCCUGUUCUGAUAAGAACCCUUAAGGGGAUAUUUGGUGUCCACUGGGGUACAUAUGAAGGUGGCGAGGGUAAUAACUCUUACCUAAUUAUGUCUCCCUUUUGGAAUGGGACCACCAUUUUGAUCAUCAACUCGCCCUCUGUUAUCCCCAUCUGAACCACUUGCCCUACCAACGUAUCGCCUCAAACUCUUGUCCCCCUCUAACCACUCACCUUCUGCUGGAACAUCCUUACACAAGCACUGCAUUUCUACUGUGCCAAUGCCCAGAGGGUCCACAACUAUGCUACCUUUUGUCAAGGAUUUUGUGUUAAUUUACAAUUAUGGGCUGGGGGAUUAACAUGUUUUUCUUAUAAGGGAGAAGUGUUUUGUUUAGUUGCAUGACAUGUUUUUGUUUUUAUCUGGAGUCAUUUUCCAAAAAGGGCCAUUGUCACAAGUUACUGUAAACUGUGUUUUUUUUCCCACUUCCAGUUUACUACUACCCCCCUCCCCCCAAGAUCAGGAAAUUGAAUUGUGAAUGAGUCGUGGGUCAUUGAAGGGAUAUAAAUGUCUUAUAGCUUCAGACAGAAUUGGAUGCAGAUAUUCUAGCCAAUUGCAGCCUUAGUCCUCUAGGCUAAUUGUUAUUUUUUUUCCAAUAAGAUGAUGUAGGGGAGGGGUGUGAUCAGCCAAUCACUACGCAUUCCACUGCCAAAAUGGAAGCAUAGGGGCCAAUGAAUAGGCAGAAGGGACACAAGGGUAUUAUCUAGACUUCUUAUCAGUAUAGACUAUUAAACUAUUUUUUUCUGAAAAUUAAGUGAACUGCAAACAUUAUAAUUAAUAAAGAAAUAAAAAGUAAAGUAUUGCAUCAAGUUUAACUGGAACUUUUCACUCAACACUAUGGGUGUAAACAUUGUUACCAGUAAUGUUUUGAUUGUAAUCAUGACACAAAUGGACACACUUUUUAAAAAUAAAGAACCAUGAUUUGUAUUGACAUUCCAA